AUGUCCUCGACAGUGGACCGCCUUGCUGCCGUGAGGGCACAACGCUCUCGAUCUGGCCGUGAGGUCAGAAUAGUAUCACCUCGGAUACCCUCAGUUUCCUCAGUCUCAGAAAUUUCUGGGCAGCAUCAGCCUGAGCCUCCAACCUCUGGCGUCGUAGAGAUUUCACGCGAAACAUCUCCGACGCAGCCGGCAUUCUUUGCAGAGGUCGCCUCAAUACAAGCGGAUAUUCUUAGAAUAAAUGAACUUAUCAACAGGAUCUCUGAAGCUCACAAUCUUGCACUGAGCACGGUCUUGUCUGGGGAAGAGAGUUCCGGUGCCCGGGUGGAUCGUCUGGCGGAGAACGCCCGUGACCUGCUGGAGAACACCAAGAAUAGGAUCAAACACCUCCAGAACCUCCCUGCACAUUACGAUAUAUCCCUACUGCGCUCCCAGUUUCUCGAAACCCUUCAACACUACCAGAGGGUUGAAUACGAUGCGGAUGUGAAGUCCAAGCAGAACAUAGAGAGGCAGCUAAGAUUCGUCAAGCCAGAUGCAACCGCGGAAGAGGUAAAUGCGUUCAUUGAAGAGGGUAACCACCAGGUCUUUGCCCAAGCAUUGGUUAGCUCGACAAGAUACGGGGAAUCCCGAUACGCCCUUCGUGAAGUCGAACAAAGACAAACUGAAUUGAGACGCAUGGAAAACACGCUGAUGGAUUUGACUCGACUUUUUAACGAUAUGGGCGCCCUCAUCGAACAGCAAGAACCAGUGAUCAAGCAGGUCGAGGCAACUGCCGAGGAGGUCACGGAAAAUACUGGAAAGGCGUAA